AAGCCAAACACACUUCUCAAUAAGUUUUCUUCCUACAGAAGGAGAAAAGAAGAUAGAGACACCCCAUGAGAGAUAAACUCUUACAAAAUAGAAUUUAUAUAUAAGAAAAUGACUGAACUAUCUUCUUGUGACAACUUAUAUAUAACUUUGACAACAAAACUUUGAUCAUUCUCUUCUCUCUUCUAAUUUGUCCACACAGCUUCAAGGAAUAUGAGAAGGGUUUGAACUUUGAUCAUAGUUUUGCAUGGCUAGCCAAAGAAUUGGAGAAAUUGGUUUGUCUGAGUCAGGACCUUCAAGUCAACAUGUCCCUUAUGGAGUUCUUCAUGGAAUCACUAAUUCAACAUCAACCUUAAUGAAUCAAGGGUCUGCUUUUGAUUUUGGAGAGCUUGAAGAGGCAAUUGUUCUACAAGGAAUUAAGAUAAGAAAUGAUGAAGGAAAAUCAUCAGCUUUAUUCACAAGUAAACCAGCAGCUACACUUGAAAUGUUUCCUUCUUGGCCAAUCAGAUUCCAACAAUCACCAAGAGUUGUAGCUUCUCUCACUUCUCCUUCUUUGACCAUUCCAUAUGGAGGUUCAAAGUCAGGAGGGGAAAGCACUGAUUCAGGAUCAACAGAGCUACAAUUUGAAACAGAUUCUCCAAUAAGUGUAAAAGCAUCUUCAUCAGAUCAUCAUAAUAAUCAUAAUCAUGUUUUUGAUCAACAACUUCAGCAGGAGACAGGAACUGAUGAUAGCUUAAAAACAGGCACAUCACAGAAUCAAUCAAAAGCCAAAUCACAUAAUGAAAAGAAAAAGGGAGCUGUUUCAACAUCAGAAAAGACACUUGAUCCAAAGACACUGAGACGAUUGGCACAAAACAGAGAAGCUGCAAAGAAAAGUCGUCUAAGAAAAAAGGCUUAUGUGCAGCAGCUAGAGACAAGUAGAUUAAGGCUAUCCAAUCUGGAACAAGACCUUCAAAGAGCACGCUCUCAGGGACUAUUCUUGGGUUGUGGUGGUGGCAAUAUAAGCCCUGGAGCUGCAAUGUUUGACAUGGAGUAUGCAAGAUGGCUCGAAGAAGAUCAACGACAAUUGGCGGAACUUAGGGCCGGGCUGCAGGCAGCAUUACCGGAUAAUGAAUUGAGAGUGAUUGUGGACGGAUAUUUGUAUCAUUACGAUGAGCUUUUCCGAUUGAAGGGCGUGGCUGUUAAAUCAGAUGUGUUUCACCUCAUUAAAGGCAUUUGGGCUUCUCCUGCUGAACGACCCUUCAUUUGGAUCGGUGGUUUCAAACCCACAGAGCUCAUCACGAUGUUGACACAACAGUUGGAACCCCUAGCGGAGCAGCAAUUAGCAGGGAUAAUGGAACUAGGGAAAUCGGCAUAUCAAGCAGAAGAAGCUCUUUCUAAAGGACAUGAACAGCUCCACCACGCUAUUGUUGACACCAUCGCCGGAGGGGAUGUCAUUGACGGUGUUCAACAAAUGGUUGCCGCCAUGGCUAGAAUUUCCAACCUUGAAGGAUUUGUCUAUCAGGCUGAUCAUUUGAGGCAACAAAGUCUUCACCAACUAUGUCGAAUACUGACAGUUCGUCAAGCAGCACGGUGUUUCCUUAUUAUCGGAGAGUAUUAUGGACGUCUUCGAGCUCUUAGUUCUCUUUGGGCUUCAAGACCACGAGAGAACUUGAUGAACGAUGAUAAUUCAUGCCAAACAACCACGGAAUUGCAAAUGGUUCAACCUUCUCAGAGUCAUUUCUCAAGUUUCUGAAAUAUAUAUAAUAUAUUUUAUGUAAUUGAUACAUUCUAAUUAUUAAUUAAUUAAUUAGCAUGAAAGCUUCUUUUUGCAAGUGGAUAUCUUCGAGCUUCUUUAGAAGAAAAGUGUGUAAGCGGCAUCAUCAAAUAUAUAUAUUAAUUACUACCUCUUUGUGUCUCUAUGUUUUAUUGUAAAUAAUGGAAUUCAGAGUUUUAUGUGAUAAAAGUUAAUGGUUA